AUGGACUCAUGGUGUGAUGGAGGACCCUUUAGAGACAGGUUCCAAGAAUUGUAUCAAUUAGAGAGACGAAAAUCAUGUACAGUCAAGGAAAGGAUACACGAUGAAGGUCAAAAGUGGGACUGGAGAUCGACCCCUACAACUGAUGAACAAAUAAGAAGCCUUCAUAUGCUAUCAAAUGUCAUAGGAGGAUUCUGCCCGACUGCUGGUGCUGAUACAUGGAAGUGUGCGUUGACGGUUGAUGGUAACUACCAUGUAGGCGUUAUCAGAUCCAAAUUAGACAACAUGGAACCGGUGAGUAAUGAAGUGAUUAUUCCUUGGAUACACGAAAUCCCAAUAAAGGUUUCAACUUUCGUGUGGAGAGAAAAUCUUGGUUGA